ACUAAAAACGGGAUCCAAUUUUUACAAGAGCGAGUUUGUAUCCCCUGCUCAUUGGCGUUUUGAAAGACGCGGUGGUCGGUUUACUGUGGUGUACAAUCGAAGACACGAAGUGCUCAUUUCCCACUCCAACGACGCACUUCCACCGGAAGUGGCAUCCAUCGUCUUCAUCGCGGUGUCAGUGACAGCUGAUAGUCUGGAUUAUUGUCUCUUUCUCGGCUUCCUUUCCAGCGCGGAAGACGUACCAGCAGAUAGCAGCAUUCGCUAUCGAUCCGCCUCAAGUAUGCAUAGAGUUGACUGGGACGGCAGCGGCGUCUUCCGUAAAACUCCGCUUAUCAUUCAACCGGGUUGCGCUGUGCCGCAAAGGAAUAUCCCUAUCAUCCUCGCCAGCAGUGACUGUCACUUGGUCUCGUCGGAGAGGAGGUCUGCUGGUGUGCGAGAGGCUCGCGAGGAUUGUCAACGUGCCGCGACGGACUCGUCGGACGAGAAGCGGAUCCCAUCAUUGGCGGCUAAUCGCGGUUAGAUCGCUGGUCCGGGAGAGCGGCACCAGAAAGGAAGGAAGGAAGGAAGGAAGGAAGGAAGGAAGUGGUGUCGCUGCGUCGUCGACCGGUGAGAACUCGAGAGGUCGCGUGGAAGCCGCGAGGAGCCGGACCAAGGGGGAAGACUCUCGUCGAGAGAGAAAGGCUGUUGUCAUCCGGUAUCUAGUCCCAUCAUCAGGCACCCGACGCGAUGCCUGCGCCAACGUCAGCGUCAGCGGGCCCGGCCGAGGGCGGCCCGCCCCGCACCGAAUUGCAGGAGUUACAGCUCAAGGCCGGUCAGACCACGGAUGAGUCUCUGGAGAGCACGAGGCGUAUGCUGCUGUUAUGCGAGGAGAGCCACGAGGUCGGGAUGAAAACCCUCGUAAUGCUGGACGAGCAAGGCGAACAGCUGGACCGAAUCGAGGAGGGCAUGGACCAGAUUAACGCCGACAUGAGAGAGGCUGAGAAGAAUCUCACAGGAAUGGAGAAGUGCUGUGGGCUCUGCGUUCUGCCUUGUAACAAGAGCGCCAGCUUCAAGGAGGACGAAGGCACGUGGAAGGGCAACGACGACGGCAAGGUCGUAAACAAUCAGCCGCAGCGGGUAAUGGACGACCGCAACGGGAUCGGGCCGCAGAGCGGCUACAUCGCCAAGAUCACAAACGACGCGCGCGAGACCGAGAUGGAGGAGAACAUGGGCCAGGUGAACACGAUGAUCGGUAACCUGAGGAACAUGGCGAUCGACAUGGGCAGCGAACUUGAGAACCAGAACCGGCAGAUCGACAGGAUCAAUCGCAAGGGUGAAUCAAACGAGUCGAGGAUACAGGUGGCCAACGAGCGGGCCCAUCAGCUACUCAAGUAAGGCCACACUCUCUCGACCACCCCCGCACCCCGUCGGCCGCUACGAGCGUCACUACCAUCACCCUCCACCGUCACCACCACCGCCACAACCACCACCAUCACCACAACAACAGAAAUAGUAACAACAACACAUCACAGCAGCAACAACGACUACAACAAUACCGACACCAACAACAACCAGUACAGUUACACUCAACAGCGUAUACCACACCCGCCGAUUGUUUGCUCGUAAUUCAUCUUGCUCGCGUUAUCUUCGUUGAGCUCGCUCUUGCGUCAUUCACGUUUGAACGUUCAACAUCAAACAGCUCGUCGGAAGGUCCCAGGCUCGUCAACGUUUCCGAAACAGUCAGCCCUAAACUUGACAGCGUGGCAUCCUGGCAUCCAUCAGAUGCGUGUCGUGCGCGGCCUGACCGCGUCUCGUCGGUCAGGCUGGCUGCAAUCCUUUAUGUAGAUUGCAUUUAUACGCACCUAAAUCUGCAAACGUCAUUCGGGACUUUGUGAUUUUCCCGAGUUAAUAUCGUGAUUAUUAUAAUCCGUCUUGUGCAAACGAUACAACUCAGAAAAUUCGCGUAGAGAAAAGAAAGGGAAAUUAAACAACUUGUCACAUUGCAGCAGGCUUCUAUAGUUUUGCUUCUUUCACUUUAUACAUCGUAACGUAAUCUCGAGUGCACUCCCUUGGAAUCCUUUGUCAAGUUUAGGGUUAACUUGCUGAAGAAGGAUCGCGCGAGUUGCUACCAUUCUACCUAUCAGUCGGAGAUUAAAUUUAAUUGCUACUUCGCGAUUGAUUCCUUGUUGUUCAUCCGACGGAAUCUCGUCGGAUUAUCCGUCGACUUACGGAAUUUAUUUGACUGACUCGACUUUCAACAUCGAACUGAACUCUGGUCCUUUUUCUUUUCUCUAAUUCGAACGUUAAUGUCGUCGAGUCGCUCUGUCGCGAAACUGGAAUGAAAUUUAAUCUCCGAAAUAGGCUCCUUAUUUCUACGACAGUGAUCAGCCUCCGUGCCGAUGAAGCCUCGAAUAUUUCAACGUCGGUUAAUCCGCGACUAAAGCUGGAUCAAAAAUAGUAAAAUAUUAGGAGCUUCGAUCACAUACUCGAAUCACAACGAAGUGCCGAUGGAAUUUCUAGCCAGGCGAGAAGAGUUGUUAGUCGAGAUCGAGUCCAAGUCCAGUCGGUGACUUGUUAAAAACAGUUUCAUUUUCUCGACAUACGAGAAAAAAAAAGUUAUUCAGCUGUGAAACUUAAAUGAAAGAAAGGGAAGAAAUAGGAAAUAUAUAUAUAUAUAUAUAUAUAUAUAUAUAUAUAUAUAUGUAUACAUCUUGUUAUAUACAUGUAGUCACUGGAGAUUAAAUGCACCGACAGUGCAUAGAUGAAUAAUUUAAUCCUCGGUUUAAUCGAUUUUGGAGAUUGAUGGGGUAUAUUGCUUGGUGAAAUACAAGAGGAACAAGUUCACAGUACAAACAUUACCACAUUUGUCUAACCCUUUAGUGAAACGAUUAUUCCGAUUUUCUCUCGUGCAAGUUUCCUUUAUCGUUUUAUUGAAAUAUUAUCACACGCGCAUACAAUAUACACACACGUACACAUAAAAUGAAAACAAUUCCGAGACAACUAUACCUAACUACACAGCGACGGGCGACAUAAUCUAUGAACGAAAAGCGACACUGAUCCCUCCUCCCUGCGAUCCUUGAAUGUGAGUUCUCUUACCCUUCUCCUAGCGGAAAGGGAGCCUCAUUAUUCUUCCCCCAUGCAAAAGAAAAUUACACACAUCCCCGUCGAUCUCGAUUGAGAUACUCGAUCAUUGAGUAUUUCAUGAAUAUCUACCCCGGGUAUAUCCCGCCUACCUGGAUCCGCCGUGUGCCACAAGCACGCAGAGAAAAAGAAAGAGAGAGAAAGAGAGAGAGAGAGAGGUCGGCGACAUCCUUGGAGGAGGAAGGGAGUGGAAUUAUUCGAAGGACGAAGGAGCAAGAACGACGAGGAGGAAGUGAAGAGGAAGAGAAGAACGAAGAAGAAGAAGAGAAGAAAUAUAUAUAUAUAUAUAUAUAUAUAUAUAUAUAUAUAUAUAUAUAUAUAUAUGUAUGUAUGUAUGUAUGUCGAAGUAUCCGAAGCAACGAAGUGAACGCGUUCAGCCAUGAUUAAGAGUCGCUGAAGCUGUAGAUAGAGCGAGGUCUUCUUUUCGUCGUUUUAAAAACUCGACUCACACAAACAAACAACGUAGAGCGUAGGUGUUAUCCCCCUGCCCUGUUAUUCCCUUGCUCUCCCCUCUUUAACCUAGCCCCGUUAUUCCCUUUUUGCGCCAAUCGCGCCGAGAUCACAGUAAGGUUUAACUCCAAAGAAAGAUUGUACAUUACUGUAUUUACACGAGGACGACAUGCAUACCUUGUUAAAUCGUACGAAGCAGAACGGAAGAGAUAGACACAGAGAGCCGAUAGAGGAAGAGGAGGAGGAGGAGGAAGGAGAACAGGAGGUGGAGGAGAAGAGGGAGGUGGUCUGUCGCGAGUUCAAGAAUCGAUACUCUCAUGGAUACUCUCAGCGAUGCAAUCCUCGACGAUCCUGAGGACGAUCGUGAUGGUGUCCAUGAUGUAGGCGCUCUUAUCGUAGAAAACCAAAGUACAUUGGUGACUGUCUCGCAAUAUAUAGCGGAUAUUCUUGUUAUUAUUCGACAAUUACGGGGUAAUAAUAUCUAGAUGAGAGUUCUCUCCUCUUCUCCUCCCUCUUCGAUGAUUAUUGCCACUGUAAAGUCAAGACAGAAUAUGUCUUAUUGCAUGCCCGUUCUUUUAUCGUUUUUAUCAGGAUCCUCGCGUGCAGUCGUCGUACAGAUGCGACCUUAUCCUUUUUAGCGCACUGUACUCUAGAAAUUUAGGACGUUUGUUAUCACACGAUAACGUGGCUGUUAACACGAUUGUUAGCCAAUGCGCGGGCGCCUUUGAUGACGCCUUUGUUUGUUUUUUCUUUUCUUUUUUUACAAAACUUUUGAGAAACGGGUAUAUAACCGAGGUGAACAGAAACAACUAAAACGUGUCAGUCUCGAGCGGCGCGCCCGGUAAGGAUUGCACAGAAUAGAACGCGUAGCCUUUUCGAUUUCGCUUGUCCUUCGCUUUCUCUCGGAGAGGGAAAACAGGUGCCCUUUGGACGAUGCUUCGCCGGACGAACGUGCUCUAAGAGGAGUGAGUCUGUGAGAGUUUUAAUGAGAGAGAGAGAGAGAGAGAAAGGGGAAAAAGUAAAACCCGAGUGUGUAUGAGAGGGAGAGAUUGCGCGCGAAAAUCAUGUGCUACAACGCGAAAUCAUUAGGCCUAUAGUGAUCAUUUACACGUCGAGAGAAAUUUUAAAUAAUUAUAAAUAGAUAUGUACACACACACACACACACACACACACACACACACACACACACACACACACAGAAUGUUGUUUCAUUUUCGCAGCAUUGUUUUUUAACGACAGACUUCGGGUUUUAUUCUGGAGUCAAUUUUUCCCGCGAUGAGAAUGACGAGUUGUUAAGUUACCGCAAAUAAUCAAGUUCAAAAAAUAUAUGACAUCGCGGAGAGAUCGUACUGUUUUUUUUUUCCACUGAUUUUAAGAUUUACUUUUUGUAUAAUAUGAAAAUUUAGUGAAUGCUUUCGUGACGCUUUCAUUGAACAAAUAUUGAUUUCAAAUUGGCCGAGUGAAUUUCUCGUUGGGAAAUAAUGCGACGGAAACGGAACAACCGGUACACAAAUUAUUUAUUUGCAUAUAUAUACAUAUAUACAUACACACAUAUAUAUAUGCAUAUGUAUGCAUAUAUACACAUAGCCGUGUAGGGAGCGAACGCGGUGAGCUCUUUCUUAAAAUAGCUCCUGAUAGAGAGUCGCAAAAAGCUAUUCUAAUCGCGCGAGAGUGGAGUAUAUUAUAUAUAAUAUACAUAUUAUAUAUACAUAUAAAUAAACGAGUAAAUAGAUAUAUAUAUAUGAUUAUAUAUAUAUAUACAUAUAAAUAUAUAAAUAUAAUACGGGAUCGAGCAAUAUUAUACUUGUUACUUCGUCGUUACUGUUUAUCACCGCCUAUUGCCCUUAUAGAAAUAUCAUACUAAGAAUCAUUGAUAAUUACUUAUUUUCAGUAUUAAAAAUACUGGAUAAUAAGUAAUUAUCAAUGAUUCUUAGUAUGAUAUUUCUAUAAGGGUACGAGACUACGUACUUAUUUUACAAGUAUUAUCUUUCCCUCCCCUCUCGCCCUACCUUGCGGACCUUGUUCCCUUAUCCAAACUUCUUGAGUCAUAUCGAAUCUACAGGUCUAUGUGGUACGCGUAUGUUUCAAACACAUAAAGAUAAUGUAUAGACACGCAAUUAGAUAGAUAGAUCAGUAGAGAUGAUUAAAACGGAAAAGGAAAAAAAAGAAGGAUGAGGUAAGAAAGAAUGCAUAUAAGUGUGCGUGGGAGAGAGCGACAGAGGGAUUGUGUGAACGAGAGAAUAAUAAGAUUGACGAAAAUAAUGUAAGGGAUGAAAAGUGGACGAAGGAAUAGAAGAAGACCGAAUUAAGAAAAAAGCCGUGCUCUUCGUAAAUGUACAGUAUGUCUUUGCAGAACUGCUUGAUAACUUUGGUUCUUAUUAAUUGAAUUCGUUUUCAAAUUAAAAAAACGGAUGAUUUCUGUGGAGCUGGCGGUACAUUCGACAGAUUCGCAGACAUCCUGUACACAAAUAUGGAAAAUAUGGAACAAUUCCAUAUCUCCUAAGCCACAAAUUGUAGCUCAACACAAUUAACCGCAUCGCGGAGUUAACCUUUGUGUUAGCGGAGAUCGGAAAAGUCUAACGGAACUGUCAGCGAUGUGAUAUGUGGCCUCAAUUUGCAAAUAGGAGCGUCAAAUUUUCAUGUGCCAGAAAUCGACGAGAUGGAACGGGACGAAUCGAAAAUACAAGUUCACAAUUGUACACACUUAUUGUCGCGACGCGUUUAAAUUUAUGAAAAUUUAUGAAAAAAGGAGAUACCAAUAUUCUCUUCUAAAUUAAUUUGUUUCUCAACGCUCGACAUUGACGACUCCGAGACUUAUGAGCCAGGCUCGCGUGCCUUUCUCCGCCAACGUCCACUUUUGAUUCUUGAACUUAUGUAGAACUUAUAAAGCAGCGAUUGAUCCUAAUCGUCGACCGAUUUGUCGGUCGAACCAUCGGAACUCGUUUCAUCGAUCGAUUCUCUACCUCGGGAAAACGUGCGGAGGUGUGCGGCGAGCCACCUCUCCGUGUAACCUACUGCGAAGUCGAGUGCGAGAACACAAAUAUACUUGGGACCACCGUGCAGACGUGCAAGGUGUCGUGGACCGCAAUCUUCGAGGCACUCGAGGCAAUCCCAAAUAGAAAGGCGAGGAUAAAAUUUUGACGAAGAGACGAGAACGGCGCAUGGGAGAGCAUUUGUAAAUUGUAAAGUUUAUCGAUAAGCAGGAGAAAAACGAGACGAGACCAGCUUCUCUCUUUUUAGUACCGAUGAUAUAAUGUCGCUAGAUGUACUUAUGAUACCGUCGUAAAAGAAAUUUCUCCUCGACAGUACCAUUAUAACAAAAAUGCCUGUGUAUUUUACUUCUUGGCGAAUAAUAAACCAUCAAGUAUUGUA